AUGGCGUCCGCCGCCGCGGAGAACACGGAGAUGAAGGAGGAAGGCGUCAUCGAGACUGCCCAGGAACUCCAGCAGGAUCCCCAGUCCAAAGUCAACCCAGAUACGGUUGAGGAGAAGCUUGUCGACGAGACUCGUAAGGCUGGUGUCCCAGCCUAUCAAUUCGACCCCAAUGCUUCGCCUGAGGAUAAGGCCGAGGCGGCUGGGUCGCGCAUGCCGCGUGAUUUCCACCGUGACAAGAAGCCUAAGGGGAUGGCUGUCAUUACCGACAAGAAUGAUGGCGUGGCGGACUAUGACCUCCCGCCCCCGCAAUCAGCCAAUGCGAUCAUGGCCGAGGAUGCUACACUCAAGGAGAAGAAGGGCGGAAAGGAUAUGGAUGAGGAUCUUCGCUGGGCGCGCAAUCGCACCGGAUGGGCGCCCACAUUCAUCGCCGAUAAGCUGGCCGGUGAGGAUGAGGAGGGCACCUUGCUUGAUCAUCAGACUUUCCUAGAGGGCAGACUGUCUGACAAGUUCUUUGGAGAUUGGUACCACAAUGCUGGGAUUAUCGUGUUCGCCUGCUUGAUUUCGUGGCUGAUCGCUGCCCUCGGCGGAGGUCUCGGCUGGGUGCUCUUCGUCAUGGCCGCGUGCAGCACUUACUACCGCACGUCGAUUCGCCGGGUCCGCCGCAACUUUCGUGAUGAUGUCCACCGUGAGAUGGCCAAGCAGCGUCUCGAGACCGACACCGAGAGUCUCGAGUGGAUCAACAGCUUCCUGGUUAAAUUCUGGCCCAUCUAUGCCCCCGUGAUCUGUGACACGAUCAUCAAUUCUGUCGAUCAGGUUCUGAGCACAUCGUGCCCUGCGUUCCUGGACAGUCUGCGUCUGAAGACCUUCAUUCUUGGUAACAAGCCGCCGCGUCUCGAGCACGUCAAGACAUACCCAAAGACCGAAUCAGACACCGUCAUCAUGGACUGGAAGUUCAGCUUCACGCCCAAUGAUACCAUGGACCUGACAGAGCGCCAGCUGAAGAACAAGAUCAACCCCAAGAUUGUCUUGGAAGUGCGUGUUGGCAGAGGUGUCGUCAGCAAGGGCCUUGAUGUCAUUGUCGAGGACAUGGCAUGCUCGGGCUUGAUGCGCGUCAAGGUCAAGCUGCAGAUUCCCUUCCCUCACAUUGAGCGCGUCGAUGUCUGUUUCUUGGACAAGCCAGACAUUGACUACGUCUGCAAGCCUCUUGGAGGCGACACUCUCGGAUUCGACAUCAAUUUCAUUCCUGGUCUGGAGUCCUUCAUCAAGGACCAGAUUCACGCCAACCUGCAGCCGAUGAUGUACGACCCGAACGUCUUCCCCAUUGAGAUUGCGAAGAUGCUGGCAGGUAACCCCGUCGACCAGGCCAUUGGUGUGGUGGCGGUUACGCUGCACGGCGCCCAGCAGCUGAAGAACCCAGACAAGUUCUCUGGUACUCCGGAUCCAUACGCCGUGGUCUCGCUGAACAACCGCACGGAGCUGGGUCGAACCAAGACUGUCCACGAGAAUGACAGCCCCCGCUGGAACGAGACCAUUUACGUGAUCAUCACUUCUUUUACCGAUGCCUUGAGCAUUGUGCCGUACGACUGGAACGAGUUUCGCAAAGACAAGGAACUUGGAACAGCGACUUUUGCCUUGGACAAACUGGAAGAAGAGCCCACGCAAGAGGGUCUCUACCUGGAGGUGCUUUCCAGCGGCCGCCACCGUGGUGCGAUCCAUUGCGACAUCCGCUUCUUCCCUCUGAAUACCGGUAUUGCCCAGUUCACCGUCGAGCAGGCCAAGGACCUCGAUGGAAAGAAUAUGAUCGGCAAACUCAACCCGUACGCUGUGCUGCUCUUGAAUGGCAAGGAGAUCCACACGACCACCAAAUUGAAGCGUACCAACAACCCCAUCUUCCAGAAUAAUGCCAAGGAGUUCAUCGUGACGGACCGCAAGGCUGCUCGUUUGGGCGUGAUCAUCAAGGAUGAUCGCGACCUUAUGGCCGAUCCGAUCAUUGGCCGGUAUCAGAUCAAGAUGAACGAUAUGAUGAAGAUGAUGGAGCGCGGCCAGCAAUGGUUCCAUCUGCACGGAGUCAAGGGCGGCCGUGUCAAGUUGAUGAUGCAGUGGAAACCCGUCGCUCUCACCGGCAUUGCUGGUACCGCCGGCUACAUCGACCCAAUUGGCGUCAUGCGUUUCCACUUCAAGAGUGCCCACAACCUACGGAAUUUGGAGGCGAUGGGCAGGUCCGACCCUUAUACCCGUGUGUUGCUGUCGGGUGUUCCCCGUGGUCGCACCGUGACUUUCCGUAGCAAUCUGGAUCCCGAGUGGGACGAGGUAGUCUACGUUCCCAUUCGCAGCGCCCGCGAGAAGCUCACCUUGGAGGUAAUGGACGAGGAAUCCAUCAACAAAGACAGGACUCUCGGCAGUGCAGAUAUCAAGGCCGCCGACUUUGUGCGUGAAAACGAAGCCGGCGAAUACGAAAUCGAUGAUGAGAAGGCGCCUCUCAGCGCUGGACUUCGCAUUGGCAAUGGCCCCGUCAAGGGCACACUCAACUAUACUGUUGCCUUCUACCCCACCAUCCCGGUUGUGAACCCGGAGGAAGAGGUUGAACAGGAGGAUGAGACAGAAGAGCAGGCUGCUGAUGGCGCACCGCGCAAGAGCAUGCAUUCCAAGUCUGCCAGCGUCGACUCGAGGGUUUCCAAGGCCUCCACGGCAUUUUCCAAUGGCGCUGCUCUCAACGGAAAGGAACCUACUUCGCCCACCACCAACGGCCGUGCCAGUCUUGAAACUAGCGCCUCUCGACCGACCACUCGCGACUCCGAAGGUGGUUCUAUUCGCUCGGUCAAAAGCAUUCCCAGGACUUACGUCAGUGCGGAGGACCUCGCUAAAUACGAGUCUGGAUUCAUUGUCUUCCAAUUCCACGAGGGCAAGCUCGCACACAGCAAUGUGCAUCUCGAGGUUUUAAUGGACGACUAUAUGUUUCCGGCCUACACCUCGCCCAAGAUUCGCUCUACGACACACAAGUUCGAAGAUAUUGGCGAUGCCUUUGUGCGUGAGCUUGAAUUUUCCAAGAUCACGCUGCGUCUCGUGGACCAGGGCGAUACCAAGGAGAACAGCGAUGAGCACACCGUCGCCAAGCUAACGGGUGACACGCUGCCUACCCUGCAGCGUAUUCUAUACACGCCUACCGAGCUUACUCUUCGUUCACCGGAGGGCGAGAUUAGCAAAGUCACUGUCAGUGCACGGUACAUUCCUGCACAGAUGAAACUCGAUCCGAAAGAAAGUAUCAAUAACAUGGGAACUCUGCGCGUGGAGGUCCUCGAUGCUGCGGAUUUGCCCUCGGCCGACCGCAAUGGCUAUAGCGACCCUUACUGCAAGUUCCGACUGGCCGAUAAGGAGGUGUUCAAGACCAAGACCCAGAAGAAAACGCUGCACCCGGCGUGGAACGAGUUCUUCGAGACGCCUAUCAAAUCUCGUAUUGGCGCUGAUUUCCAUGUGGAUGUCUAUGACUGGGACUUUGGUGAUAGGGCAGACUUCCUGGGUGCUACCUCGAUCGAUCUGGAGAAGCUUGAACCCUUCAACGCUCAGGAGAUGACCCUGCCCCUGAACGGCAAGUCUGGCGCCAUCCGUCUCAAGCUCCUUUUCAAACCCACCUAUGUGGUCCGCUCUCGGCAGGGCUCCUCCACCUUUUCGGGUACGUUUGCUGCGCCCGGAAAGGUCAUCGGCGCACCCAUUAAGGGCGUUGGCCUUGUCGGUGGAAACGUUCUGCGUGGUGCAUCCUUCCUGCGCCGCGGUGUGAUGUCGAAAAUGCACAAGGACAAGAACGACGCCGAUAACGCAUCGUUGGCCACACAAGAUGAAGCCCAGGAGUCUCCCAGUGGAGGCUUGAAACCCGCUGCCGCUCUCGUGGGCGGCAACUCACCCACCCCCUCGGGCCACACCACUCCGACCAAGGAGCACUCCCGCAACCGCAGCACAGCAUCCCAAGCCGGCGACCGAAUGAGCAUACUUGGCACAGGCAGCGGCGAAAAAGGCACCGCGAACAUCUCCAUCGUCUCAGCAUCCGGGUUCCCCUCCUCCGCCAACGUGCGCGUUCAAGUCAAUGUCCAGGGCGCCAAGGGCGCAAAGGUAGUCCACAAGACCAAAGCCCACAAAGCCAGCGGCGACAGCCCCAUCUCUUUCGACGAGUCAUUCCGCGUACCAGGCACAACUGCCGAUGCAUCGUACAAAAUCCGCGUCGUGGACCACUCAACCUUCGGAUCGGACGACACCCUCGGCGAAGCGUCGUUCUUCGUUGGUGACCAGGGUUCCGUCGCGGAUCAGGACAAGCCCAUUUCUGUUGGUGAGGGUACAGUGACUAUUCGGAGCAGUUUUAGCGCGUCCGAAGCGAGUCUGCGGCCUACUACUUCGCACUCUACGAAUGGUGAUGCGGCCUCAGUGAUGGCUGAUUCGCCUUCUUCGGGGAAGUUGAAUCGACGCAGCUUUUUGACUAAGCGGAGCGUUAGCGGUGCUUGA